AUGAAUGGAAGUAAACAAAGUUGCAUUCUGGUCACAAGUCGUAGUGAAAAUGUUGCAUUAGUAAGGGAAUCACCUCCUUAUCAUAGGCAUCAUCUUAAGAUGAUGAUAGAUGAAGAGUGCUGGUCCAUAAUCAGAGAAAGAGCAUUUGGAAACUCUUCAAUAUCUCCAGAAUUGGAAGUUAUUGGAAGGGAUAUUGCUUGUAAAUGUGGAGGUGUGCCACUGGUGGCAACUGUUAUAGGAGGGACGAUGUGCAACAAAUGGGAUAAAGAUGAGUGGGUCUCCUUCAGGGAUAGUUCUAUUUGGGGUUCUUUGGAAAAGAAUGAAGGUAUUGUUCGUGUUCUGAAAUUAAGUUUUGAUCGCUUGCCUUCCUUGUAUUUAAAGCAAUGUUUUGCCUAUUGUUCCAUUUUUCCUAAAGAUUUUAGGAUACAAAGGGAGGAAUUGAUUCAGCUUUGGAUGGCUGAAGGCUUUCUUCAACGAUCCAAAGGAAGUUCGCAACUGGCCUUUGAGGAUAUUGGUAGUGAGUACUUCAAUGACCUGUUAUCAAAUUCCUUAUUGCAAGAUGUGGAGAAGGAUCUGUACGGACGUAUCAUAAGUUGUAAGAUGCAUGAUUUAGUUCAUGAUCUUGCCCAGUCCAUUUCUGAUAUCAAACAACAAAAUGUGUUUGAUGAUGUGAAAUUGUGGCGCUCUUUGUUCUUGAAUUCUAGCUUCACCUUCAUUGGAAAAGACUUCAAAGGCUUGCGGGUUCUUAAAUUUGGUGGUGCUGAUAUUGUAUCAUUGCCAGAUGCAAUUGGCAAGCUAAAGCAUUUGAGAUACUUUGAUAUCUCAAGAACUCGCAUACCUAGACUACCUAAGUCCUUUACUCAGCUCUACCUUCUGGAGACGUUAAGAUUAUUGAGCUGCGAAAUGCUCAAAAAACUUCCUGAAGGAAUGAAAAAUUUAGUUAACUUGAGGCAUUUAUAUAUCAGUCAUGGACGUCAUGUUCCUAUUGGGAUAGGAUGUCUAAUUAGUCUUCAGACUUUGCCAGUAUUUCAUGUGGGUACAGAAAGGGGAACUGGAAUUGGAGAAUUGGGUUUUUUAGUUGAAUUAGGAGGAGAAUUGGUGAUAGAGGGUCUUGAGAAUGUUAUAGACAAAGAAGAAGCUAGGGGAGCAAAAAUGUGGGAGAAGAAGAAAUUACACAAGUUGCAGUACCAGUACCGAUGGGACAACCGGAGGGAAGGGUACUGUAAUCAUGAUGAGGAAGUAUUGGAAGGGUUGGAACCUCACUCAAACUUAGAAAGCUUAAGUAUUGAGAGGUAUAAGGGGGAGUACUAUCCAUCAUGGCUGUUAGGGAACUUUUGUGGUGAGCCAAAUACUUGUUUUCAACUCGUGAAUAUGGUUGAGUUGAGACUAUUAGAUUGUGAGAAUGUGAAUAAUCUUCCAAGUCUCGGACAAUAUCCCAGUCUUAAAUUUCUUGAAAUAGGAGGUUUAUACCGUGUGAGGUGCAUAGGAAAUGAAUUUUAUAUGAACGGUUGUGAUAAGAAUAAGCCAAUCAUCUUAUUUCCAGCAUUGCAAAAUUUCGUCCUAAGGAAUAUGCCUGAAGUAGAAGAAUGGUUAGAAGUGGAGCCAACGAUUCCUGUGUUUCCUUCGCUACUAGUGUUGGAAAUUGUAGAUUGUUACAAUCUGAGCAGUAUUCCAAGAAUGAGUAGAUUUUCUUCUCUCGAGACCAUCAUUAUUCAAAACUGCGAGGAGUUAAGUUGGAGAGACAAUGAACUGUUUCCCUCUAGUCUUAAAGAAUUAAGAAUAACAGACUGUUGGAACUUACGGUUCAUUCCAAGUGUAGAGGGUGGUAUCUCUGGAGAGGGAUUGCUCGCCUCCACAUGUCUAACAGAUGUGGACAUAAGUGAAUGUCCUAAUUUGAGGUCUGCUCCUUUCAAUGGCCAAUCUCAAUCUCUCUUGAGUCUUCGAUUACGCAACUGUGAAGAAUUACUGGAGAUAGGGGGGGGAUUAUCUGCAAGCACAAGAUUGGAAACGUUAGAGAUUGCAAAUUGUCCUAUUAUGAUUUCAAUUCCCAGCUUAGAUGGUUUCUCUUCUCUUUUAGAAUUAGAGCUGAAUAAAUGUGAAGCAUUAACAAGUCUACCAUCUGGAUUGUCAACUUGUACUUCUCUUUGGCGUUUGUUCAUCUACAACUGCAAUAAUCUGGAGUCAAUUCCAGAGGAUGUAGGACAAUUGCGUUGUUUGGAGGAAUUGCGUAUUUGUGAUUGCCAAAGCAUGAAAAGGCUCCCAGAAGAAAGCCUUGGGUGCCUCACAAGUUUGAAGAGAUUGGAAUUGGGUCCCUUCUCAGAAGAGCUAGAGGAAUUCCCAGGUCUAGGUUCCAUCCACCACCUCCACUCUUCCCUUAAAGAAUUGACAUUGUGGGGAUGGGAUAAAGCAUGCACUUUGCCAAAUCAACUUCAACAUCUCACAGCACUUGAGCGAUUAUUGAUUAAUGACUUCAAUGGACUGAAAGUUUUGCCGGAGUGGUUGGGAAAUCUCUCCUCCCUUCGAGAGUUAAGUUUUGACCGUUGUAACAAUUUGGAGCAUGAGCCAUCCAAGGAAGCCUUGCAACGCCUCUCCAAUUUGCAAUUGUUUCGUAUACCCGAUUUUCCAAGCAAUGUAGGGGUGCUGACCAAUUUUGCAGUUUCAGGGGGAAGGUAA